CCGUCUGCCUGCUUGAACCUAUGUGGGUCGUGUCAUCCGUCCGUCUUUCUCGUGUUCCCCAAGCUCCCAUGAAUCCAUCGUUCUCGCCUCCGGUUCUCGUUCCACGUUUUUGUAAUUUUCAACAUCUUCAGCUCGUAUCACCAGCUUUUCCCUCCUCCUGAUCUGAUUUCGUGUCUCCCUUUCCUUCAUCGAUCGUGCUCGUGGCUGUUGAUUAAGCGUCGUCAACCCUCAAACUCUCCCGCCUGCUUAUUUUCGCUCAUGGGCUUACCCGCAACCCCUUAUCUUGCUCGCUGACACCGAGUCCAGUCGUUCUCUCCCCUGGAAUAGACAGACAAUGGCCAAACAAACCGAAAUCAAAGCCACCAUCGAGGAAACACCCGACAUCGCAAACCAGGAGAACGUCUCUCCUCGUAACCACCUCACCCGCCAGGGUUCCAGCAAGCAGCAAGUCCGUCACCGGGCCUCCGUGGCUUGUGCCGCAUGCCGGGAGAGGAGAAUCCGUUGCGUCGUCCCCAAGGGCGACAGAGAAUGCACCCAGUGCAAACGAACUGCCACUGAGUGUAUCAUCAAGAACGACGAUGAGCGUCGCCGCCCCAUCUCCAAAGCCUACAUGUCCUCUCUCUCUGAACGCAUUGCUCUCCUUGAGGGUAUGCUGGCAGAACAAGGUGUCCAGCCGCCACCCGCCGUUCACCCCCCAAAAACCAGACACGAGUCGCACCCGGCGACCUCCGAGAUGCAGCCCAAACAAUCAGAUCCAUCCCAAACCAAUGCCUCCUCCGCACAAUCAGGAACCAGAAACGCCACCCCGUCCAAGGUCGAAGUCCCCUCCCCGCCCGAUUCCGGCAACGAGGACUUCGCCAUGCAGGACAGCGAUCACGCCGACAGCGCCACCCUGACCAACAGCCAGCUGCUGCUGCAGCCCAUGACGAAGGAGACGUCUCCCUUCCGGAUGCUGGACCCGAAGCAGGAGGACAUUGUCCACCGGUUGCUCUCCACCAAGGGCAACCUGUCCUUCGACCAGCUGUCGGGCCGGUUGCGCUUCUUCGGACCCACGGCCAACAGCCAUGUCUACGCCGAAUCCCCGGACCAGUUCGACUCGCGGGAGCCGCCCGAGCAGGUCCGCCGCGCCGAGCGUAUCAUCCGCUCUCUCUCCGCUACCACCCACGACUACCUCAUGAGCAACUUCUGGGUGUAUUACAACUCGGUCCUCAACAUUGUUCACCAGGAAGCCUUCCAGGCCGACCGGGAGAGUCAGAACCCCCGAUUCUAUUCGUCGUUCCUCCACAUUGCCAUCCUGGCCAUGGGGUACCGGUUCUCCGACUACCAGCGGGAGGAUAUGAAGAGGAUCACCUUGGGGGAUCGCGAGAGCACCCUGCACCGGGAAGCCAAGUACAUGCUGGACAUUGAGCUCGAACGGCCUGGUGGUAUCCCUAGCGUCCAGGCCUUGUUGCUCCUGGGGGACCUGGAAUGCGGCGUGGGAAGGGAUAACACCGGCUGGAUGUAUGCGGGAAUGGCGAACCGGCUCGCGUUCGACAUUGGCCUUCAUCUCGACUGUCGAAACAAUGGCAUCAGCGAUCUCGAGGUAGACAUUCGCCACAUGACGAUGCGGGCCUGCGUGAUAUACGACAAGUACUGGGCCCUAUUCCUGGGCCGGCCCACCAGUAUCAAGAACCAGGACAUCGGGAUGGAUCUCCUGUCCAAGCAUUUCUCGCAACUCUCGUCGAUGAUGGAAGCCAACAGCCAGCAGCCGUCGGACAGGAAAUCGAUCGGCGUCGAAAUCUACGAACAGCUCAUCGAGCUGAUGGAGCUGGCCGGUCGGAUCGUCGAGACGAGGGAGAACAACCGGGUGUCUCCCGGCAGGGCCCUUGACCAUGGCCAGUUGUUCAGCUCCAACGCCAACGACGGCGAGGACAACGCUUACCUGCACGUCAUCAACCUGGACCUCCAGCUCCAGAACUGGUACCGUCGGCUUCCGGAGCACCUGCAAUGGAAACCCGCCAACAUCAAGACGGCUCCUUACAGCUUCUUCCUCCUCCACCAGCAAUAUCACGUCUCCAUGAUCCUCCUGCACCGGCCCUGGGCCAAUUACGGUUCCAUAACCGGCGACGGCACCAGCACGGGGGGCCAUCCCUCCCCGGUGUCGGGGGUGCCUGAGCCGACGAAGGACAUGGCGAGCGACCACAGCCACCAACACCCUUUCUCCCCGGCGAUGCACAACCACGCGCUCGGGAUGGGCGACCCCUACUCCAUGGUCGACGACAGCCGCACGUCCCUCUCGCGCAGCAUCUGCACGCAGCAGGCCAUCCGCGUGGCGCGCAUCUUCUGGCAACACCGACAGCGGUUCGACGGCACCAAGAUCUUUGUCACGGGGAUCCAGCACGCCGGCACGGCCGCCAUCGCCCUCAUCGCCGCGCUGGCCUACAUCCAGUCCGAGUCGGACCGGCGCACCUACCUGGGCUACCUCGAGAUCCUCGCCAGCGCCAUCGGCGACAUGAGCCACACCUACCACCCGGCCGCCCGCAUGGACGACCUCCUCAAGGCCGUCCUGGCCCAGCUGCGCGCCGACAUCAACGACCCCACCGGCGCCCACCGCGCCGCCGUCCCGCCCCACGUCCUCACGGGCAGCGACCGCUCCCUCCUCUCCGAUUCGGGCUGGCGCGGCAGCUUGGACAACAUCUACUCCAUCCUGCCCGUGCGGCGCGACUCGUCCAGCAUGGCUGGCGGCGAGUCGGAGACGGAACGCACCAGCGGCGGCGGCGGCGGCGGCGCCGGUCCGUCCAACAAGCGGCGACGGGCGGCCACGAGCCGUCGCGCCAGCGAGUUCACGCGUCCGCCGCCAACAUUCUUCCCGCCCCACCAGACCCCGCCUAAGAGCAGCCAUAGCCAGGGCCAGCACUCGUCCUUCGGGGCGCACCCUCACGCUCCGCACGUCGACCCUGCGCUGUACGGUCUCGGGAGCGGCGGCGGCGGCGGGGGGGCGGACGGACAUGAGCACCAGCAGCAGCAGCAGCAUGACCACCACCAAAACCAGGGUUUCAGCUUGGAUUUCCUGAACGGGAGCGCCAUUGAGGCGGACCUGGACGAUGGCGUCGAAGGGCUUACGCGGCCGGCGGACGAUUUCGUCCUCGUGGGGAGCGCGAGUGAUGGUGUCUGGGGGGGACCCUCUAUGCGGCCCGGUGGUGACCCGGGGGAUAACAACAACGGUAAUGGGAACGGGAACGGGAACGGGAAUGGCAAUGGCUAUGACAUGCCCCUUUCGGAGUGGAUGUCUGGACCGGGGGGGUUGAGUGUGGGGUCUAUCCUUAGCGGACAGGGCAUGGUCUCCGGCGGACCGAACGGGAUGUACGGUGGUGGCGGUGCUGGCGCUAACGGUACCAGCGGUGCCAAUGGCAAUGGCAACGUCAACGGCCACGCGCGGACCGAUAGCGGCAUGGGACCCCAAGGUGGAAGCGGCGCGGCGGAUGAAGGCAAAGACGAUGCGUCCAAGACGAAUGCUACUACGACAUCGGCAAACACUGCCGCUGCUGCCGCUGCUGCCAGCAAUGGCAACGCCAACGGGGGCAGUGCGAUGGACUGGAUGAGCGGCGAAGGAGGGAUGAACACUCUCAGCCCCGUGAGCUUGGGCGGGCUGGUGCAGAGUGCCGUUGGGGACAGCAAUGGGCCUGGCGGCUCUGCCGGCGGGAACGGGAAGGGACAGGCUGGUCCGAAUGGGGAGCGAGGAGGCCCUGGUGGCGUGGAGCAGCUCGAGAACGGGGGUUCAGGGGCGCCUCGGAACCACGAAUUGGAUUUCUUCAGUUUCUGACCUCGGGGAGGAUAGCAUCUCGACGUCCUUUUUGCGUCUCCUUUUCUUUCUUUUUUUCCUUUCCCCGGAUGGAGCGUUCAUUAUUCAUCGGCACGAGGAUUCAUGGGCUGGAAAUUUCAACGUACAGGUGUUAGGCUCGGGGACAUGGGAGGAAUUAUAUGUAGUUGGACUAUUCUGUAUCAUGACCAGGGAGGGAGGUCAUCUGGAUGAGAAUCAAGGGUCGGGGGGCAACCCCAGAGUUUGCAUUUUAAGGGGCAAUGAGUAGUAAAUAUGCA